AGGGUUGCAUACCCUCUCGGAGAGGGACCGGCUGCUGUGCUUGAACCGCGCGUUGUAAAAGACGUCCCAGUUCCUUCGGGCAUUAAACGCCCCCCACCGAUAAUAUUAAAUGGAGUGACGUUCCAUUUCCGAAUGGUUCAAGGUUGGGUAAAGAAAGACGUAAAGAAUGUCUAUUAUCGAGACUACACGUGCGAUACCAUCAUUAUCGUCAAUCUGAGAAGGCGAUACCGGGAUGUGUCAGUUAUUGCCGGCGGCGUUAGGUUGCUCAAGUAUAGAAUGUCCAGUGGCCGUGUCACGUCUGUGAGGGCUCCGGAAGGAGGAUUUCCCAAAACUCUUGACAUUGAUGUCGCCGUGGUCAAAAAGACUGUUGACGAAACGCCAUAA